UUUCAGAGAGUCCUGUGAUCUUAUCCAAGGAGGUCUGUGAGAAACUCUUCCAGAAAUAUAUUAAGCGCCGAAAACAAAUUACGCCAAAAGGUGUCCUGCAAAUUUUGCUACAUACUUGCGUCUGGAUUGCUCUGUGCCUGCCUGCGUUUUUGGAGUUCCUCCUCCUAGGAUCUGUACAUUUUCCAGGUGAUUUGUAAGCCUCCCUCCUUUCCCCGGGGGUGUGAGAACUUCUAGUCCCACGAUGCGAGCUUUUUUACCGGUUACAGUGUGUUGCAUCAGCCUGCUGUGCUUGCACCAGCAGCUACUGGCUUUACCCGUUGGAAACAGCCUUGAAAGAAACAGGUUAAAUUUUCUGAAGAGGCUUCAGGACCUUGAGCAGUUUGAGAGUACAACACCAGGGCCCACAGCCAGCCCAAAGGAUUCCUCAGAAACCAUCGUGGAACCCAUACGUGAAAGGUUGAGACUUCACCCUAUCUAUUUACACGCAUUCAAACAAAAUAGCAGGGGCAGCAGCUAUACCUACGACGCGCCUAAAGUCGAUGCCGAGACAGAUGCACAGCGGAAGGUGUCCAGGGGUCGUCGCCAUGCCCACACAGGUGCACGGGGUCACCACCCACAGCUGAUGCGUGUUGGCUGCGUCUUGGGAACCUGCCAGGUGCAGAACCUGAGCCACCGGCUGUGGCAGCUGAUUGGGCAGAGCGGACGCGAAGACUCCUCUCCGGUCAAUCCGAAAAGUCCACAUAGUUAUGGGUGAUCCAACUGGACCAAAACAAACACACAGAAGAAGUGUCAUAUAUAGCAAAAAUGCAAACACUUUGAUUUAGAUUUUUCCUUUGUUUUGCAAAUGUAGUUCUUGUCUAGAGAAUAAUCAUCUACAUUUCCUGUGACUCUAUGGAAAGAACGAGACUACUAUUAACUGUUAUUUAACAUGUUCUGUGCCUUAUUCAUUCAUCAAUACCAAGACAUCAGCAAUAAAGACCCGUGUAGCAUAGGUUUCUGCAACCAGCUGACUGAGACGGCUGAAGCUGAGUUUCCCACAAUCCCUCUCAUACCUUCCACCCUUCCUGUUAAAAUGAACAAACCUUUAGAGUUGGUGAAUUCAUUUUCAACCAGUAUCAUAAGAAUUGCUAAAAGAUAUUCUGAAGCUUUCAGUUUUAUCUAUGAGUCAUCUGGAGCUCUAGGUCCAAAUGGAAGAAUAAAAGUCAGUUUUACAAUCAUUUUCUGACAUUGGAUAUACAUCUCAUGCCUUCAGGGUUUAAUGACAUCUUACAGUAUUUGUAAUGCCAAAAUUAAAGAAACAACAGAUGCAGGAAUGCAGUACUCUGAUUGAUCAAACUCAUGUUAAGACUGAAGCUCCAUCAAAACAUUGAGAAAUGCAUUCCAAGUGACUAGUGCUGAUCAGUUAAUAUGCCCUCCUACCAUGAACUGUUCAACAUCUGAUACUGAGGUGCAGCCACCACCACUGAACCUGCUGUACAUCAGCACAAGCACAGACCUGGCUAAUGUGACCUGUUAAGAAAAGUGUCUGGUGGUGCGCAGAGGUCGCUCUUGUCAGCACUUCAGUGUAGCACACUAGGUGGUGAAUAUCUCAAUUACUCUAACUGGGCAUCAGGCGAGCAAGAAGACUCGAGUAAAGCCUCAUUUUAACACCCAGUGAUGCGUUGAAGCUGUAUGUACUGCCACAGGAAGGUUUCUGAACUCAGCAAAAUAAAUCAGGCUAAUAGUCAAGGCUAGGGAGGGUUUUGAGUGAAGUUCAAGGAGUUCAUUGCCUCUGUAUUUAACCAUUCCGUCUGUGAUGCGAUAUGUCUGAAUUGCAGUCAAGUUUCACUGCAGAAUGUGGAAGAUGGUAGACUCAGUAGAACUACAUAAGAAAAAACACAGCCAAUAUCAAUUUUAUGUUGGUUCAAUGCACAGGACGUACAGAAAUAAUGAGCAAGCAGAUGUGGUCCUACUUGGCCUUAUACCUUAAGGUACUGACAUUUAUUUGCAUCGUCCUAUCUCUAUUUCUAGGGGAACAUCCAAAAACACUGUAAAAUGAAGUGCAUGCAUACAAAAGUAAGAAAGAGUGACUGAUUCAUUUUAGAAUCAUAAAAUGAUUUUAUUGCUGGCCUUUUACAUUCUGUGAGCACUAAAGGUCUAUCGAUAUCUGGUGCACUAAGUUGAAUAAUCUUUCUAAAAUUCCUUGAAUAACUUUUCAAAGAAUUUGGUUUUGGGCAAAUUAAUGAAACACAGUCAUAAUCCAGCAAAGGUUUUAUCACCAUGGAGUAACUUUUCUUUAUGCCUGAUUUGUAUUGCUUGUGCUGGAAUUUGUAAACACAUACUGUAGGUUGAGCUAUUCCUGCCGUCCUAGGACUGAUUAAUGCAUGACUAAAAUUCAUAUGGCUUGGAUUAGUUCUAACUAAUAAGGAACAGGAAUCUGCUAAAAAUAGUCAAUUAAUUAGUAAAACACUGUGAACAAAAUAUGUUCUAGACGUUUCCUAAUUUUAUUGUAUGUGGCAGGUAGCUGUGCAUUUGAUGGAAGACUGAAUUAAAUGAUAAAAAAAGAGUGGUGUUUAAGAAGUGGACACUGGGAUUUUAAGACUGGACUGGACGUGCAUGUUAGGAUCUAUCUAAAAUGGUUUUCCUUUUAGCAAGAAGUUUAUGAUAUGCUUUAGAUCAUUUAACUUAUUUCUAGAUUGUAUUUGAAUGUUCGAGCCAGACACUCAUAUUUGCAGUCUGUACCGAUUUGGAUCAGCUAAAUCACAGACAUAUCAAACAAAAGUUUUGGAACUGUGUGUCAAAUAGGAAUGUUGAUCCAAAAAGAGUCUUAAAGCAUGACUGGGGCAGAGUUAGCAAGGUUUUUUUUUUAAAAAAAAAACAACGCAUCAGAGUCUUUUAUAAAAAUCCUAAAAAAUGUUGUACGUGUCAUGUGUUUCAAGCAGACAGUGAAAUUAGCAUUAAGCAGAGUGCUAAGACCUCAAAUUUUCUUCUCAUUAUGGGUUUCAAAAUAAAUGACCAGCAUUUACCAAAUUUAAGGAUAGAGGAAGCCAAAGGUUAUAUCUGUUUCUGACACACUGUACAUGCUGUAAAAAUAUAUAUAUUCCGCAAGGCUUUUCUUCUUGUAAAGCGAGUUUUUAAAUUAUGGGUUUUCUCACUAAAAAUAACAAAGCUGUCUACAUGGUAGGAACUGGCUCCAAAGACAUCAAUCUUAAAGUACACAUUACAGCAAGAGCAUAGGUGCGUGACAUUUCAGAAUAAGAUGGUUUAAUUCACCACUUUAAGGAAGAUUAUGGAUGGCAGUAACAGUAUUGAUAAUCUUAAAGUAGUCAUUCACUUGAGCAGGAACUUUUAACUCAAGAUUGGUAGAUACAGGUCCAGUUCUUCUCAGUUAUUAUAGUGUAGAAAACCUGUUCCCAGGACAGUAUUUUGCUUAAAUUAAAAAAAAAGUUAAUUCAAGAAGCUAAUAAAUAUACAUGUAAAUUAGACUUCCUGAAAUGGAAAACAAAGCUUUAACCUCUUUAUUUUAUUCCUCCUUUUUGGAGAAGAUUAGAAUGUGAAUACUCAAUAAUGUCUAAACCUUUUCUGAACAUACUGUAUAUGAUAAUAAAAUGACAGACUUUAAAAAUAAAUAUCAAUGCAAGAUACGGUACAUGUGGGCUAUAAAAUAACCAUUUAACUUUUGUAAGAAAUAAAAGGGAGUUAAAGCUUUGUAGUUCAUUGGAAAUUUUGAGAAUUGGUUUAACAGUUUUAAAAAGGCAUCUGGGAGUUCUAAUUAUGUCAUUUGUCAGCUUCAUCAGUAUUUUAAGAUAUUUACUACCUUACUACUAGCUUUGAAGCAGACACGCCAGUCAAGUUCAGCAGCUGCUCACUGAAUACCUGACAGUACUUGACAAACUUUCCACUUUCUUGGGGUUUCCAGCAGAAAUGUUUUGGUGAAACUCUUUUAAACUUGUUUCCUCUCAUUGUUCAGCUUUUCCUGAUGACUUUGUUUUUCCUUCAAAUGCAGAUUGUUGUGGGUCUGUCAAUGAUUUUAGUUGCUGGAAUCAUAGGAUGGAACUUGACCUCUUUAAAUCAAUAAUGAAAAGUUGCUUUUCUCUUUCUAAUCAUUUGUGAUAUUUCAUGGUAAUCAUAUUCAUUGGAUAUUAGUAUAGGAAUGUCUAGUUUUGGAAAGGUUUGUAAAGCAAUUAGUGCUUCUAAAAAAAAUUAUUUGCUGUAUUGGAUAUGUCUCGUGACUUAUAAUUAAAAUGCUUUUAAAUACUUAAAACCUGUUGGUUUCCGUACUUUAUAGACUUUAGUGCUCAAGAAUAGCAAGGCAAAAUGAAAAGCUUUAUGUGUUCUGGAGAGUUGAAAUACAAACUGAACUAGCACUUACUGUAGAUUUUCUUCUUUGGUAGGAAGUAUGGUGAAGUGUAUCUUACUGUGGCAGCUUAUUUAGAAGACCUUUACCCCUCACAUAUUGAGAAAAACAUAUUACAUCACAUAACAUCUCAGCAAGGAGCAGCAUAUUUUUUCAUGGUCUCUGAAUCCUUAGUGAAAAAAAAAUCAAUCCAGUUAUGUAUCAACUAUAAGCCAAUAAUGCAGAGUUUUGGGUUAUCUACUAUUUAUUUAUACCUUUUUAUGUAUAUUUUGUCAGCAUUAUAAAAUAACACUUUUUGUCUGUAGAUACUGAUGAGAAAAGUUGUUUUUAAUACUUUAAAGCUAUCUGCUGUAAGUUUUGCUUGCUGUAUAUUGCACUUAGGGAUGAAGGAGUGAAGUGAAGUGUUUUAUGGAGCUGGAUACUAUGAAAUUAUAAUCGGUACUGUAUUUAGAGCCCUUGCAAUCUUUAAUUGAUAAGAAAUGGCUUCAUUUCUUUUAGACAGAGGGUAUGGUAUGUCUGAAAAUUGAUCUUUAUGAGGGUGUACCUUAGUUAUUUGCUAAAGUUUCAUCACCAACAUUUGCAUUAGAAAAGUCAUUAAUCUUUUUUCUAAAGAGAGCAGGUGGCUUUGUUUGCAUACCUAAUCCAUGGCCUGACAGCAGAGGCAGGGUCUGUGAACUAGAUUAUUUUUAUUAGGAUCGCUACACUCCAGAUAUUUUACAUUGCAAUUCUCACAUGCUUUGAAAAGGUCAAUGGUCUUUAGGCAAAAUAUUAAAGCACUUUAAAGCAACUAUAUUUUGUUAAGUUCUACUUGAAUUUAAGACAAUGUUAUUUAAUUUUUAAAUUAAUUAAACAAGUUGUGUUGUAUAUAUUGCAUUAAGAAAACUGUAUAUAUAUUAUUCAAUGAAUGUAUUACAUCAGUAUAUUCUAAGAUUUGCAUAACUAACUUAGUCAGCAAACCAUUUAUAUUAUGUAUACUUUGUUAAUAUAUUAGUUGUAAUAUUUAAUAAAAAUAUUAUGUUGAAGUUA